AUGGAACCUCAGCUGCGAUCUGUUGUUCGCGGGGCCGUCGGGCGUCUGGCCGAGGCCGAGACAUUGCUGACUCCGCAGGAACUCGCGCUGCUCCGGCAAGCUUUUGCGAAAUUGGACCAAGACGGCGAUGACUGGUUAAGUCCGGAAGAUCUUCGGCGCAGCAUGCAUGCAGACGGGAUCUGCGCGACAAAGGCAGAAGCAGAAACAUACGUCUGGGAAGUCGAUGAAGACGGAGACGGCAGGUUGGCGUUCCCGGACUUUGCUCUGCUGUAUGCUCGAGCUAGGCGUGGUGUCCGCCGCCGGGAACCGCGAAAGUUGUCCAACUAUUUGAUUUAUCGCUUGAUUGAUUUAGACUGCGACGGAAAACUCGACACCGCCCAAGUGUACUCUUACCUGUGUCACAUCAUGGACAAAGACGCCGCGAACCGGAACAUGAACAAGAUCUUUGGGGUCUGCUCGGAUUCACCCACGACGGCCGAAGUGACCCCCGCGCAGUGGCUUACCAUUCUCGAGACGUCGCUCUGGGAAAAGGACUGCCCGAUCGUGGAUGACGAAAGCGCGGCUCGGCACGCCAAACAGAAUGCGCGCUUUCCACUGCCUCCGAAAGAUAGUCUGCAAAGCGUGCGACCGAGGGUCUACGAUCGACUUGACAUCAAGAAACUGCGAGAAACCAGGAAGCAAGUUGUCGCGGGAGUUGCGCCUCUUCGGCACGAACCCUACCGAGGCAGGUGUCCCAGAGCGCGAAAUCAAAAAAGUCCAAAGCCACCGGCAAAUGUCACUCCAGGAAUCUGUUCUCCCGGCGCAUGCGAAAACUCCAGUCGGAGACUCCAUGGAGGCCUCGCUACCGGGAUUCAACGAGAAACGACGGGGCUGAAGCAAGUCAAACUUCAGACAGGAGUCAGAUGA